UCUUCUCGAAUUCCUUACACCAAGCUCUAACGAAUUACUCGAUCUGCAUGAGUCGUUCUUGACACAUUUUCGUUCAGUGUUCAUUUGCAAUUUCUUCGAAACCAAGCCCAUCAGUAUCAGUGGAAUUCCUUUAUUCUUAGUUGUUACGAAGAACUCAGCCGUCAUCGAUGGACAUCGCUCAGUCCCUAUACCUACCAAUCACAAAAUGCUUCAGCGAUUCGAAUCAGCUCAUGAUCCAAACUACGGUAUUUUCAAGUCACACCUACAGGAAGGUCUCAAGAUCAUCCUCGAGAAGAGUACAGCGAAGCAGCGAGACCUGGGUCUUACAUACACUGUACCUUUUCGGCUGAAAGAUGCCACCUUGUGCGGUCAAUUUAUUGGCAGAGCGAAAACAUUGACGGAGAUAUCUGAGUACUUUGAGCAGCUACCAGAUAUUCCAAGAAGACAGGUACUCGUUCUACAAGGUCUUGGUGGCAUAGGAAAGACGCAGCUGGCGAUACACUACGCAGUCCAGAGUCAAGAUAGAUACACCGCAAUAUUCUGGACUAACGGCAGGACAGAAGCUGAACUAAGACUUAGCUUGGCUGCGCUAGCCGAGCAGAUCCCACUCCCACAAGUCCUAACCCCGUCCGGAAAGCUCAAGAAAGGUAAUGUUGGACUCGAGCAGGCAAUCGACGCAGUAAUGAAAUGGUGUGAGCAAAAGACCAAUACCAAAUGGCUAUUGAUAAUCGACAAUGUUGAUUCUCAAAUGAAGGCUGUCGUGGGGCUACAAGAAGGUAGUGACGCGUCAUACGACAUCCGAAAAUACAUACCAUCUGUCAACCGCGGACAUAUACUAAUUACGACAAGACUAUCAAGACUGUGUCGUCUAGGGGCUGGAAUCAAUGUGAAGGAAAUGGAUGAAGAUGAAGGGUUGGACCUUAUCAGUCGGGCUUCAGGACGACCAGCGAAUGAGACAGGCUUUCGAGACAUCAUUAAAAAGCUCCACGGCUUGCCGCUGGCACUAUCCCAUGCUGGAGCUUAUAUCAACGAAGCAGGAAUCUCGGCUGCAAAGUACCUCGAGCACUACAAUCGCAAGUCCAGUCUUCUCUUAGAUCAAGAGGACCCCUUUACGUACGAGCAUGGGUCGAUAUCAUCAAGCUGGGAGAUGUCUCUCGCGGCUGUAGAGACUCGAGAUUCAUUUGCCGGCAAACUGCUAAUGCUUUGGGCGUUUCUAGACAGUUUUGAUGUGUGGUGGGGCCUAUUUCAAUCAGCUAUGGACAACACGAAUGGACUUGGUGUAGUGCAAAGUAGUCUGCAAUUGUGGAAUACUUCCCAACGAGGUGUGACGGAAGACAAGACCGAGAAUCAGCCAUUUGGACAACUCGAUUGGCUUAGCACUAUCGCAAGCAAUGAAGCGAUCUUCAUUGGGGCUGUUAAAGCUCUGCGCGAGUUCUCGCUCGUCGAGAGCAGUAAAGGUGUGUCCGGUGGCUUUUCGAUACACCCAGUGGUUCAUGAAUGGUCAAAAGGGAGACAAAACACCCAUAUAUGGCACGAAAACCUUGACCGGGCUAUUACAGUGGUCGGUAGAGCUGUACCUUUGGCUCAUCACAAGGAUUUCUGGGUCCUCUCACGUCGCUUAACACCAGUGAUCGAUCAUCUGAUCCGCAUGAUAAAGAUAGCGGAUCCCCUUCUCUUAUCGGCCUUCGACUCAAUGGUCGGUCUCGCGUUUCAUGAAUUCGAUCGGGGAAAGUAUAAAGCUGCGAGCGCGCUAUAUGAGAUCAUCAUACCGGGCCUGCAAAACGCACUGGGUUUGGAGCACCCGAAAACACAUCUCAACAUCCAUAACCAGGCCAUAUGCUAUCGAGAACUUGGAGAUUACGAGAAGUCAGAAGCAGCCCUGAGAUGGAGGCUCGAAAUAACGACUCGAGUAGAGGGAGAGGACGCCGUACCUAGUCUGAGGGUUGUGUAUGAUCUUGGUCGACUGUGCAUGGUUCAAAAUAGAGCUAUUGAAGCAUACGAUUAUUUCACGCAAUGCUUAGCUGGGUACUUGAGGACUGAACCUAAUUCCAUGCGAGCGUUCGAUACCAAACGCCAGCUUGGCUUGGCAGGCCAACAGAUCGGGAAGCUGGACGAAGCGCACGUGUUACACCAGACCGUGCUCGAACACUUCAAGAAGGAACUAGGGUCGGAUCAUGUUUUGACCCUGCUCGCGGUUCGGGAUCUGGGUGUCGUGUAUCAUCGCUAUGGCCGACUGGAAGAAGCUGUUACAUGGCUUCGACAAGCACUUGAAUCUCUGGAAAGUCAGACUGAGCCCACGCACAAAUAUGUCUUGGAGACCUUGGAAGAUCUGGGAAAAGUGUAUGAGGAUAUGGGAUGGAUCACGCUAGCCGAAGAAGCCUAUGUACGAGCACUUGAUGGGUAUAACGAGGACUCUAUUGGCGUGCCGGGUAAGAAGAAAGACUUGCAGGAGAGUGUCGACCGGCUCCGAACGAUGAGAGAAGGAUCAAAAUGACAGUGAUAGGUCCAAGGUCAGAGUCCAAAUCACAUCAAUUUUGCUCUCAGCGA